AUGGUGCUGGGAGCCGUUCGCUGGCUGACCUUGGCGCUUGCGCGCAAGUGGGCUUUCAGGCUUGGGCAGAAUAUGCUGAAUACCUGGGGCAGGCCUGACCCUAACAGGCGCGCUUUUCCAUCUGGCGCCUACAGACCCAGCGGAGCCAUCAAGCCCCCUCCAGUCAUCAUGCCCUUCGGGGUGCCGCUGGUGCUGAGUGUGGUGAUUACCUUUAUUUUUUUGGGGACGUACAUGAGCAAGACUUUCGUCAACUUCCUCGAGGAGAAGUCGUUACUUUUCCCAGAUUUUGAAGAUGAUGAUGAUGAUUUGUAG